UGACGUCAUCAUUUACUUCCUGUGUUGCUGUAUUUAUACUUGAGUUUUGUCAUUAAUAUAAGUCUCUUUGUGCAAGUAAUUCUGAAUGAUUGUUAUUACUUAUCGUGCUUGAACUAACUAAGUCAAUACACGACAGUGGCGACGAGGACUAACGGAUCAUGGCAACUACGCUGAUGGGGCACAUAGAGGCUUUCGAGCCUGAGGCAGACGAUUGGCCGCAGUAUGCAGAAAGAAUGGAAGAGAUGUUCGUAGCAAAUGAGAUGGUAGGAGAGGGUAUGGCCGAGAAGAGACGAUCUGUGUUUUUGUCCGUGGUGGGAAAGCGUACCUACAACAUCCUGCGAAGCCUUCUCUCACCAGACAAACCUUCCACUAAGACGUUCGAGGAGUUGACGGCAGUACUGACGAGUCACUUCAGUCCACCGCCAUCAGAAGUGAUCCAAAGGUUCAGAUUCUAUGGCAGAUCAAGACAACCAGGAGAGUCAGUGUCAGCGUUCAUAGCUGAGUUGAGGAAGCUGACAGAAUAUUGCAACUUUGGAGCAUCAUUGAAUGCAGCGUUGAGAGACCGAAUAGUCGGCGGAAUCAACAAUGAGGCAACACAGAAAAGACUCCUGGGAGAGCGAGCAUUGACUUACCAGAGAGCAGUAGAGAUUUCCCAGAGUGUGGAGACGUCAGACGCUAACCUAAGGGAGAUGAAGCCUGUCCCUAUCAAGACAGAGCCAGUAUUUCAGAUUGGCAGGGAGAGACAAGAGACUCAGACAGCCAAUAAACUGACACAAUGUUCACGCUGUGGUACUGAGGGACAUUUACCGACUACAUGUCGGUUUAAAGACAAAUAUUGCAACUUUUGCAAAAAGAAAGGCCACAUUGCUCGAGUGUGUAGAAAUCGACUACAGCAGGCAGAGGCAUGGAGGCCCAAGCACUCAAGAAAGAACGUUCGAUACCUAGAGGAAGAAACUACUUCAGAGAGUGAAGAUGCCGAAGACUACAUCAAGAUGGUGGCUGAUAUCUCUCAAGUCAAGAGGAGAGAAAGGUCACCACCCAUCAGAGUAACAAUGUCUGUGAGUGGGGUAGACCUAGAUUUUGAAGUAGAUACAGGUGCCUCUGUUAGCCUCAUGGGAGAAGCUGAUUACUCUAAGUUGUUCCCCAAACACCCACUAGUACAAUCUGAGGUCAGACUACAGACUUACUUGGGAGAACCUAUCUCUGUUGUUGGUAGUGUUGUGGUUAAGGUUGAAUAUGGAGGUCAAACCGCUGACUUACCACUGAUUGUUGUCAAGGGAAAUGGUCCCACAUUGCUUGGUAGGAAUUGGUUGAAGGCUAUUAGGUUGGAUUGGCAGUCUAUUAUUAUACUGAGCCUGCUGGGUUGCCCAAGGUACUAGAGAAGUACAGUGAGAUAUUUGAAGAUGGCCAAGGCACCUUCAAGGGGUAUGAAGCCCAUUUAGAAAUCAAUCCAAAUGCCCAGCCUCGUUACAACAAAGCCAGGACCAUACCUUAUUCUAAAAGAAAAGGGGUUGAAGAUGAACUAGA